UCCCCACCCCCGGCUCCCGGCCCUGUUGCCAGCCCAGCUCGCUGCUAGCCACCCUGCGCAUCUCGCUGGCCCCCUCCCACCGCCGCACCAUGAAGGCGCUCCUGCUCGCUGUGCUGGCUGCGGUGCUGUGCGUGGAAAGAGCCCACACGCUCGUCUGCUUUUCGUGCUCGGAUGCAUCCUCCAACUGGGCCUGCCUGAAGCCUGUCAAGUGCGGGGAGAAUGAAAACCACUGUGUGACGACCUACGUCGGAGUGGGAAUCGGCAGCAAGUCUGGCCAGUCCAUCUCCAAAGGAUGCUCUCCCAUUUGCCCCAGCGCCGGGAUUAACCUCGGCAUAGCGGCCGCCUCCGUUUACUGCUGCGACUCCUUCCUCUGCAACAUCAGCGGUUCCAGCAGCGUGAAAGCCAGCUCCACGGUCCUGGCCUUGGGGGUCCUCGUUAGCUUCAUCUACGUCCUCAGGGCUCGCGAGUGAUGGGGCUGGCCAAGGAAGAGCCAUCUUCCAUGGGCCGUCGUCGCGGGUGUCAUUAGCCAAUACCUUCUCUGUCGCUGUCUGCAAGGAGAUCCUCUACUUCUCAGCAGGCUUCCAAGGUGGUUGAUUUCCCAGACUUUAUGCUCUUCCAGCAUUGGAGACCUGGGCGGUUUGACCAAGAUGUUCUCCUCCUGUGGACAUACCCCGCUGCACUCUCACACCUCCUUGGCAAAGGUGGAUCGUUUUGGAAGGGUUUCUGCUUUUAUACCUAAUACCCCCCUCCCCCCCCUUCAUUUCUAAGAUUGGUUAAAACAAGGCUGGGACUCGCAGAGAACCGAUUAAUCCCAGACACCACCCGGUCAAGCGUUCAGACGUUCCUGCCUCUCGCCUCCGCGGAGGUGCCUGGCACUGGCGUGCUCCAGCACACGGGUGGCCCGGCCAUCGGGAAUGCAUGACCCGAAGGGAGAAACAUUCCCAGCCCCUCGCAGCUGCAGUCUCUUUUUAUAAAAUCAUUUCGUUUCUUCUGAUAUCCUGGGCUGACUUUUCUGGAAAACAAAUGACGUGUACCUUGUCCUUCUGAGCUCUGUAAGUGCCAGAUCUGAAUAAACAUGCUCCUAUUGUUACCUGA